CCCCCAGCCCAUGCCCCUUACCCUGACUUCUCCAUCAAGAUCAAUGACACAACCAUCAGUCCCUCCCCUCUCCCUGGUUAUCUCUCGCCUUGACUAUUGUAACUCCCUCCUCAUUGGCUGACCUCAUCGCAGGCUAUCCCCUCUUCAGUCUAUCAUGAAUGCUGCUUCCAGACUUAUCCACCUUACUAACCAUUCCAUAUCUGCCACCCCUCUCUGCCAAUCCCUCCAUUGGCUUCCACUCAGUGUCCUCCACCCCUCUCUGCCAAUCCAUCCACUGGCCUCCACACAGUGUCCUCCACCCCUCUCUGCCAAUCCCUCUACUGGCCUCCACUCAGUGUCCUCCACCCCUCUCUGC